AUGAAUGGAUCAACAUCAUCUGACGCGGUUGAUCCAGGUUUGGUCGCUACAACCCCUUCUCCAGUCAAGCAGUCAUUAACGGGUUCUGACACAUUCAGUAAAGAUGAUAAACAAAUAACACCGUCCAUUAGACGGUCCAAUUCUACAAGAUCCAAAGGUAUAAAUUUUAACGUUGCUAUAUCUCCUUUAGCUUCAGGCCAAACUCCUCCUUCUCUGAAGGGUGGACAUAGGAAAACGGCAUCAUAUGAUGCAAAAAAUUUACAUUUACCUCAGCUACCCGAAUCAUCGCCUAGUUCUAGCACGCCGGAUUCACCAAUUCCAUCAGCUUCAGAAGAAUUAAAGUAUGACCUUCCAUUACCACUGACGGAACAGCUCAUGGGCUUGGACAUAGACGAUCAAUUAAGGUUACUUGCGUUAAAGGAAAUGAGCAUAGUAGAAAUAAAGGAUAGUAUAGGAAACCUAACUUCCAAAUUGCAGAGAAACGAAAGCGAGUUGCAUAGCCUACGAGAAGUCAUACAGAGGUCAUUAUAUAAAGAAUUGAAUUCGUCAAGCUCAAAGCUGAAAAAGGAGACACUGUCGAAUGGAUUUGUCACUAGACCACAAAGACAGAAUAGUAAUCCUCGAGAAGAGGCGAUAGCAAGUACCAAAAACAGAAGUAGAAGAAGAACUUUAUCUUCCUCAUCAAGUGGUGUUCCUCCAGUCCUACUGUCACAGCAAUUAUCGCAAAAUACAGAUAAACAAUCCCGAAGAAACUCUACGUUAUGGAGCAAUCUAUCGAAACCGUUGAAUCUAAUACAGCAAUUUGACUCAAUGCUACAACAUGAAUUCGAGAAAUCUAUGAUUCCACAGCAAAAUCAAGAGGGUUCAAAUAAAACUAUCGAUUCACAUAAAUCAAGGCAUUCAGAGGAUUCAGUUUCCAGUGUGGGCUCAGUAUCUUCGCCUUUAAAUUCAAAAUCCAAAUCAUUCACUGAGAAACAAUCUAAUGAUGAGUUAGAUCAGUAUUUUGCUCUGCAAUCUGCGUCGGACACAUCAAAAGAUAAACGUGAUGGUUUAGUCUCAACCGAGAAUCAUAUGAAUUCAGAUGACAUGAUUCAAGCUGUCUCAUCUUCGAUCUGGUCAUUUGUUAACGAUGUCAAGACGAAUGUACUAUCAUCACUAGCGGACGAGGAAGUGCCUGAGUCUAGAAGCCAUGUAACUAAGGGACCACUGGGUUUCACAAACAGUAACGACCAAAAAGAAAUUAACGAUCUCACAGUAUAUAAUUUGGAUACCGGAUCUACAGUAAGCCUCGAUAAGAAUGAGGAUUCAGAUCUAGAUUAUACAUUUGUUCAUAAUACGGCCAAUGAAGGCGGAACGGCCGUAGACCACGAUAAAAGCAAAAAUGACUAA